AUCUGGCAGUGUUAAACUCUGCUGCAGACAUUGCAGUACAUGAAACAUACAUGCUCCGAAUACAGGAAAUACACAAAACCUAUAAAGCAUACCUAGGUACAGUUAUGGUACCGUACAGUUACAUCCUCAUCAUGUGCUUACAGUCAAACGACAUCCAGCUAUUAAUAAUAAUUAUCCCAGCUUCAUCUACUUCGUCUCUGCAUCUUCAUUCUGCAAGCCUGUAACUGUUACUACUCUCGAGCAGAGACUCCUGCUCUGGUUCUUAUGAGUGGCUGUUGUCCAGCUGUUUCUGACGGGACCUCCAGUCUAGGCUGAUCCCACCAGUUAGCAACCUACUUCUUGUCGCUCUUGCAUGACUUUGUUCCUCGCUUUCCAGAUAUCGGCAAAAACACAUCCCACGACGACAACGACAGCACAGCAAUAUUCCAGCUGGUCUUGCCAACCUCCUACACAGCCAUCCAUCGACUAAAAUUCCACUUCCACCCCCCAACGUGCUCAAGAUUGCAAAUCAGUUGUUGUUCCUGGGGUUCCUUCACGGUUCUUCCGAGUCGCUGACGUAAGACAGAGCUCAUACCAGAACAACCCAAGGCAAACCAAUCAACAUACUGUUUCACUGGGUACAACAAAUUUAGCAUCACCACAAAAUCUAUAGGUUGAGAAAAGCUUGUGGCGUUUAGCCAGCUCCAGAGCUUCAAAUCUGGUUGCAAAGCGCUUUACGCUUCCUUUCACCAUAUAGGCCUAUUCAGCUGGUUCUGUAUAGAGCCAGACUGAAGGGGCUAAAUAACAAACUUCGAUCUGGCAGACGAAUCUCCUUCACAUACUCCCGCCUCAGCCUCCCCCGGCCCCUCGAACCUUACUACAAACCUCGAAUCCGUACCUACCACCGCUACUACUACGACUACUAGUUCUACUCCUACUGGUUCCGUCACAAACCAUUCCUCGACCCCAUCUAACGCCCAGAUCACUCACGAGAAUAUUUCCCUAUCCCUUCAAAGCAACGAACUGCCCCCAAGGCUUCCAGGCUUAGGUUUACAUACCGACCGUAGUGACACUAUUGGGCUUGGAUCGCGCCUAAUCAACCGCCGCCGUCGUCGGGAACGAACUCCUCCUGAUCAAUCUGAUCAAUCUGAGAGGGCCGGGUCGAGGUCUGGAAAUCCUGCUACGCCCAGACAGUUGCUUGAAGAGCAAGGUAGGGUUCGCAACAGAGACGACAUUCCUCCUUCUCCCAAGCGCAGGCGCCUGGCUGGUAGCAACAUGCGUCCCGACGGCGGAGCUUCAACUUCAAACACAAACGGGUUCUCCCCCAUAUCGAAUGGCUCGACCUCUUCUCCACUACGAAAAGCCCCUGUUUCCAACUCGGUUAACGGCAGAUCUUCGCAUUCCAGUCCUAACGGCCAGCCCCAGGCAAACGGUUCUGGCAAGUCGCCGGCUUCCAUCUCACCUACAUACUUUGGCCAUGAUCGGGAGGAGGUGACGAGGAUUCUGAUUCAGAGUUUGCAUGAUCUGGGAUAUAACGAGGCUGCGUCUACAUUAAGCCGGGAAUCCGGAUAUGAGCUCGAGAGCCCCGCUGUAGCUUCGUUCCGGUCAGCAGUACUUGAUGGGCGGUGGGCGGAUGCAGAGGAUAUUUUGCUGGGUUCAUAUUAUCCGGAUAGAGGGGGAAAUGGGACAGAUGCAGGUGGAGGAAAUACCAUUGACCGUGGGACCGACACCGAUCUUGGCACUCUCGUUUUAGCAGAAGGGGCGGAUAGAAAUGAGAUGCUCUUCUGUCUCAGACAGCAGAAAUUCCUUGAAUUAUUAGAGCAACGGGAUCUUGCAACGGCGUUGAUGGUACUCCGGCAGGAACUGACACCGUUAAACCAUGAUAUCGCACAGCUACAUGCCCUUUCCAGUCUAUUGAUGUGCCCUGCAGAAAAUUUGCGAGCGCAAGCGGGUUGGGAUGGUUCAGUACUACAAUCACGACAGAGGCUAUUGGGAGAGCUAUCAAGAUCUAUAUCUCCAGCUGUUAUGAUUCCCGAUCACAGAUUAGCAGUUUUACUGGACUACGUUAAACAGAAUCAGAUCAACCAAUGUCUAUAUCACAACACGGCUGAAUCCCCCUCGCUUUAUUCAGAUCACCAGUGCGAUCGAUCCCAAUUCCCUCUACGAACAUCCCUCGAACUCAGUGAACAUACGGACGAGGUCUGGUACCUUGAAUUUUCUCGUGAUGGUACCAAACUAGCAACAACAGGCCGUGAAAACAUCGUGAUUAUAUACGAUGUUCCCACUUUCAGCGUCAUCCAUAGACUAACUGAUCAUGGUGGCCCCGUUGCAUAUGCAACAUGGAGUCCUGAUGAUUCUAAGCUCAUUAGCUGCUCUCAAGAUUACAAAGCUCGGCUAUGGGAUGUGGAAACUGGACGGUGUAUCCUCACCAUCGAUCACCAUAAUGAACCAGUAACCUCUGCCGCAUGGGCUCCAAAUGGUGACUCAUUUGUCACUGGCUCUCUCGAUCGCCAAUCCCAACUCUGCCAUUGGAGUGUGGCUGGCGAAUCCCUUUACAAGUGGUCCGGCCAAUAUAGAGUUCGAGACUGUUCCAUAUCUCCCGACGGCCGUCGACUCAUCGCCAUAUCCACGGAGAAAAAGAUUUACGUCUAUAACUUCGAAACUCGUGCCGAGGAAUAUAGCAUGUCUAUCAAGCUUGACCUCACCUGCAUCAAUAUCAGCCGAGAUUCUAGAUACAUGUUGCUAAAUACGUCCGAAUGUGAAAUGCAGUUGUUAGACAUCGAAACAAGGGAAGUUGCUCGGCAGUAUGUAGGACAGAAGCAGCAAGGAAAUGAUGAAUAUAUUAUUAGAAAUAGUUUUGGUGGCGCCGCGGAGAAUUUUGUCGUGAGUGGUAGUGAAGAUUCCAAGAUCCACAUCUGGCACAAGGAGAAUUGCACACUGGUUGCAACGCUUCAGGGCCACGGCGUAGGCUGCGUCAACGCCGUAUCAUGGAAUCCAAAGGACCCGGGAAUGUUCGCAUCGGCAGGGGAUGACCGAAAAGUUCGAAUAUGGACACGAGAUCCGCCAACCCGCACACCCGUUUCUGGGAAAUCACGGAUGCCGCCAUCGAACAGUUCGGCACGGACAAGCGCGCUACGGUCUACAUUCAAUCGAUCUCCGAACUUUUGAGCUAGUUGGUUAAAUCGUGAUGCACUUUUGCAAACCCGUCCUAAAUGUCCGGGAUAAAGUAGUGGUUCCGGCUCUCAUGAAUCCAGCCUAAUUUCAACAUCAUCCGUACAUACAUGACCACACCAUCCCAUUUCCAUGAUGCUAGAAUACACCCGUCCACCCCACCCGCCUUUUGCAUGGCGAACUCAAUAUGGCAAUUCCCCUCAAACUCAUCGACAUCUAUAUAUUGGCCCCCUACCUAGUUUUGUAUGAAUUGCAAUUAUUUACUUAUCCUUUUCUCUAUCCACCCUACAUCUACCAUGCAUGGCGUACAGAAUUCCCACAACUGGGUCCAAAAACAUACAAACAUAAAAAAGUCGAGUCUAUUUUGAAGAUGAAAUCCUGUCCAAGCGCACGCCUGCAUACAGAUACACAGACACACUUGAUCCACAGCUCAUCACCCACCCCUCACAGAUCACCAGAAACAUAUACACAGCAUUCAGUAGGAGGUUAUCUACAUAUAUAAGAAAUUCCUUUUGCCUUCCCUCUGCUUUUGUUAACAAAUUCUAAAUCUGAUAGUUAUACUCAUUCUUACUCUUCAUUUCAUUUUCUAUUUCUUCUCAUACCAUUUCCAUGUUCACCCCUGUUCCAUCCUGAUUCCAUCCCUUUCUUUAUAUCUCUCAUCAUUUUUCCAAACUCCUGAUGACUUUAUUUAUUCAUAUUUCCACGACCCCAGAUUUCGACAUACCACCCUUUUUCUUUCCCCAUUCUCAUUCACUAGUUUGGCAUUCAUGGACGCAGAUUUUGACGUUGGCCUUUUAUCUUUUGACUUGGUGGCAUUUAUAUCUUGUCAGGCAAAGGUUGAGUUUCUGUUGCAUCACUGGUGCAUGAUUAAGGUGGGAGUGGGAACAGGAGCAGGAUGUGACUUUUUUCCUAUAUUUUACUAAUAAUUGGUUAGUUGGAUUUUUCAUCUUUUGUUUCUCUGAUUCCCUGGCUUCCCUGGCUCCCGGUUUACUAUUUUGUUUUUGUUUUUGUGCCCCCCCCCCUCUCUCUCCUUCUUAAUAAUUUGCACCCGUCGAUUCUCCUGCAUUUUUGUCACGUAUGUAUGUACGUUUGGUCAGCUCCAUCCUACAUUUCGCAAACCCGCCUCUGCUUCCAUUUUCAUAUCUUUUUAUAUUUAUUGUUCGUUGGCACGUUCUGAACUCUCUACCUCCAUCGCUUUACUAUUUAUUCCAUACCCCUCCCAUCACUUCGUUCUCCCUACCCGUGUGGGCUCUGAUUUUAUUUGCUUCACUGGAGUUGACAGGAGGGUUUGGUUGGAACUUGGAAGUUGGGAGCUGGAAGUAACUAUGGGACUGGCUGAAUUUAAUAAUCGCGGGUUAUGAAUUUUUUUUAAGGCCAGCGGUGAUUUAACAUGUAGGGAGCCGUACAGGAGUGUGAUGUAGGAUGAUAUGUGAUUUUUUUAUUUAAGAUAGAUUAAUUAUAUAUUAUUAAAUAUCGGAUACUUAUGUUGCUGGAUGAGUAUUUAUGGGGGGGAAUGAUGGGUUAUAUAUUACUGCUAUGCAUGUUCUCAUCAUUGCAAUGUGUAGUUAUGUGGGAAGAAUCGCAGUUAUAUCAAACACCUGAAUUUUUCCGACCUUAGGCUCCUGUUUCGUUGGUUAUCAUAUAGUAGUAGUUGCUACUUGCUAAUGAAUUUAGAGCUGGGCGUUUCCAUUUCCUUCUUGCUGGUAGUCAGAGAUUGAGGAACCACUCACUCACUCGCUACCUUAUCUACGAGAUCAGUCAAUUUAUGCAAUAGUCAUGACGGAAGCAG